AUUCAGAACCCCUGCGAGUGAUGAAGAUGGCAUGUCAAGAUUUUUAUAACACCAAUGUCAGCUUUCCUCCCAUCUUCCCCCUGCCAUUGGUACAUUGUUCGUUACAUCCUACCAACACAGGUGCCACGGAGCCACUUGGCAAGCGUGGUCAAGUCGAAGCUCCCUUCCGAUCAUUCAGACGUGCAACGUGCAUCCCCACAUUUCUAUAGGAGAUUCUACCUGCUAUGGAACGCAUCUUGGACGUGGUGUCUCUAACGAGAAUCCCGGAUUACGAUUUGGUUCAUCUCCGCUGGACUAUACCUGCGUUUUCUGUGCUCUUGGCACUUUACUUCCCAUUGAGGACUUCUAUCGACUGCUUCAGAGUUGGUUCCCUUGUCUUUAUUGCUAUCGCGUACACCAUCCCAUGGGAUUCGUAUCUUAUCCGAAGCGACAUUUGGUCAUACCCGCCAGACGCGACAUUUAACGUGACGUUCUAUUCCAUUCCUGCUGAAGAACUCUUUUUUUUCGCCAUCCAAACAUGUUUCACUUCAGUUCUGUACCUCAUCCUUUCGAAGCCCGUGUUACAUCCUGCCCUGAUACCCACCCAUGAAUACCCCUCAUCCACGUCGCAUAUGGCGCUCCAUCGCCUUGGCUCGUUGUGGUUUGCUGCUGGAACAGGUAGCGGUGCAUGGUUAUACUGGAGAGGAGGCCAAGGAACGUAUAUGGGUCUCAUACUCGUUUGGGCGUGUCCCAUCCUUCAGUUUAUCUGGAGCGUAGCAGGACUUCAUAUCAUCGCCAUGCCCGCCUUAUCCUCGCUCGGACCUAUUCUCCUCUCGACUGCGUAUAUGUGGAUUCUUGAUGCGACAGCUCUUCAACGGGGUACUUGGGUUAUCGAAUCUGGCACCAAAUUUAAUGUUCAGCUUUGGGGCCAUCUCGACGUAGAAGAAGCAGUAUUCUUUUUAAUUACGAAUUUCCUCGUUGUCUUUGGUCAAAUCGCCAUUGACAGAGCGUACGGGAUCCUUACCAUAUACGCCAUAGACUUCCCUUCCACCGCGUCACACACUUUCUUCUCGGCACCAUUCUCACUCAUCGCAUCAUUCUCAGUGACUUCGAGGUACUUGAAUAACGAGGUGAUCACUCACCGGCUCAACAACCUUCGGGACACCAGUUUGAUCCUCAAAGGAAAAAGUAGAAGUUUCUGGACCGCAAGCAGCAUAUUCCAAGGUCCCUUAAGGAUAGAAUUGAUCAAUUUGUAUGCCUUUUGCCGAGUUAUCGAUGAUUUGAUCGAUGACGAUGCCCGCACGAGACAGGAAGGUCAUGAGAUUCUGAAGCAUGUCCGAGCGUUCAUUGAUCGAUGGUACACUUCGGGGAUACCUGCCGGACAGGAAGGCUCGCAUUUCGAUGAUUUGCUGAAGCCGCUCAACUUGUCGACUGCCCAGCGACGGGCCUUCUUUGCGCUGCCCCGCACAAGCUCUGGAUCCUCGAUAAAAUACAAGCUGGUCGAGGACCCACUCCGUGAACCGCUAUUGGAGCUCCUUGACGGCUUCGACUCGGACCUCAUAUUCAAAGAGUCAGAGAAGGCGGGUGCUCCACCAAAUGAAAUUCUGAUUCAUAACGACGAGGAUUUGAUUCUUUAUGCGUACCGGGUUGCUGGUACAGUCGCCAAGAUGUGUUGCCACAUGAUUUUCCACUAUGCGCCCACUUCUUACAAUUCCCCUCGUCCUCGUGAGGAAAUUCUAGACGCAGCUGUCAAAAUGGGUAUGGCCCUUCAAUUCGUAAAUAUCGCCCGCGAUAUUAGGGUGGACGAACGGGCUGGGAGGGUGUACGUUCCGCGAGAAUGGUGGAUCGGCAACUUCUCCAAAGCUGAAAGCUCCGAGUCUGUUGACCAUCACGGAUCGAACGCGAAGCCCGUGACUACACAAUCGCCAUAUCAUUUCCCACCUGAUGAAGCUCGGAUUCAUCGACUCCACUUGCUUCAGAUGGCGAAAGACUUCUUCCUUACCUCACGACCAGCGAUAGAUCAGAUGCCGACCAUUUUCUCGGCACGCAAGGGCUUGAGGGUCGCGGUCGAGAGUUACAUGGAAAUUGGAAGGCAGCUAGAGAAGAAGAUUGGUGAUACACAAUACACUUUAGACGCGGAUGACAUUUUUGCAAUGACUCCUCUUCAGACCCGUUUGACAAGGCCUAGUGUACCGAAGUGGAGAAGGGUCUGGGUUGCCUGGUCUACCCUCGUUACAGGUUAAUGUGCUAGAAAGGAACUCAAUGACUAUAGAUGAUCUUUAUUUUUCUCUUGGAUGAUGCUGUAGACUUGCUCUGACUAUACUGGUUUAUGUCACUGGAUUUGUUGCAG